CUUUCAAGCUCAUAUUAUGUCAACAGCCGUCGCAAAGCUAAUGUUAGAAAAAUUAUUAUAUGAUAGAAUAAAGUAGCGUGUGCUUUUUUUGUUACUAGUCAACUCCAUUUACAUUAAUAUUUAUGCUGAAUAAUCUUUUUGGGUCUAACCUAAUUUUAAAUGUAUUUGUAAAUGACAAAAUCCAAGGGAAUCGCGCAAAACAAGCAUCAGUGUCCGUAAACAAGAUUAUAGACAAACAGGACGACUGGUACAAGAGACAGUGCGACCUACAGAUUGAACAGGAAAUGAGGGGAUCCUUGACGCCUGAAAAACACCGAUUGUUGAUGAGAACUCCAAUCUCAACAAACAAUCCCGAAUACCAAAUCUGCGACAAGAUGAAAAUGACGGCCUGCCAAAGUGGCCACGGACAAACAAAAAUGAGGACGGCAGAUAUGCACACUACCUAUCUGGCCAUGAUUGACACUCUAGCUGGCAGAUUGAGUCCUCAGAUUUAAAAAUUCUACUAACACCCUGGCGAACACUUCCACCGCCAGGCAAUUAGA